GCGGUGGCCAUCGAUGGAAGUCUAGACCCGACUGUGACAUCAGAUCUGGACCACUCAUCUUUGGUUCGGCUCAUUUGGCUAUUGACUAGGCAAAAGCCCACAGUAUCAAUCUCUCAAUUGAGGGUGAAAGGAUACUCUGAGAUGAAUGCCAGGUUCCGCAAGAGGCACAAGGAACUUGUGGCUUCCUCGUCGGACAUUCAGACAUGUUUGGCAUCUCUCAAGAGUGAGGCAACACUUACAAAAAGCUUUGUCAACGCAGCAGCCCAAGCGCAGGGAUUUGAUGAGCAAUGGAUGGUGGAAGUUAUUCCCAAGGGUCGUGGGCGUGGGGCCAAAGCUGUUGCUGCUGAUCCUGCUCGGGAAAUCGCAACCAACCGCUCUUUGCCUGAUAUGUUGCGACCUCCAAUGCCAGUGGCACAGGUCCGCCCACCGCCUCUUCAAGUGAAUACGCCGGACAUGGAAGCUCACCCUGGUCAGACAAUUCCUCUUGUCAAGAUGAGUGCUGCUAUCAGGCCCAAUGUCAUGGCACCUCCGAAUGUGGCUGCAGCAGCUGCUCCCAAGUCUGAGAUUGGACAGGAGCAAUUGGUGGGAGUGGAGCCUGCUGCAGCUGUGGAGGGUGAUGCAAAUGUGGAGGCAGCUGCGGCUGUGGAGCCUGCUGAGGCUGUGAAUGUGAAUGUUCCGCCGGACAGUGAACAGCUGAUUUGUGCCAUUUGCAGGCAACUGGCCGUGAUGGCGGGCAACCUGUUGAACAAUGGUGGGAAUCAGGCGUCGCAGAAUCAGGCAGGCGCGCCGGACAACGCAGUGGUGGUGGUCCCGGACAACGCAGUGGAGGCUGACAAUGCAGGAGCGCCGGACAACGCAGAAGCUAAAGUGGAGAAACAGUUUCAGAGCACAAGUGUGGCCGUGGAUGUGCACACCUUUGCGGCUUUGGCAGAGUUUCCCACCAAUGAGCAGGGCACUGUGGACCUGCAAGGCAUUGAUGAGCAGCGCCGGAGAUGGGGUUUUGAGCUUGACAUAUUCUUCAUGAUUGACGUGCAAUGUGGAGGGCGUGCACAGGUGAUGUGGACACAUUAUCUUCACAUAGCAUUUCCUUUCAUGAUGAACUGGAGCCUCCGCGAUAUGCUGAUGGCUUUGCUCUUGCGGGUGUCUUUUCACCGUGCUGCUGGAAGAUCAUGGCUGCAGUAUGUGGAGCUGUUCGCCGGACAAGGAAAUCUAUCCAAAGCAGCAAUUCGAGCUGGAUUGAGUGGAGUGAGUCUUGACAAGGACUACGGUGAGCAUCAGAAUAUAUUGACUGGACAUGGGUUGGUUCUGGCUCUUUUGGCCCUCACAGCCACUGUUCCAGGUGCACUCUGGUGGACUGGAUUACCUUGUAGCUCCUUUGUGAUCUUGUGUGUGUCUGUAAGCCAAAGAUGCGCAGAGAAUGAUUUCCUAGGUGAUGAAAGCAAAGACUUUGUCUUGGAAGGCAACACCAUUGGAGAUCUUUCCGCCUUACUUCAGUUUCUGGCAUACAUGGUGCAGUGCAAUGAUGGGAUGGAGCAACCUGCUAGCAGUGUCUAUCCAGAAACUCCGUGUUGCAAGGCUGUUCUGAGACAUAUCCAGGCACACAAAACAGUGACUUAUCACUGGUGCUUUGGUGGCCCUACCUUGAAACCUCUGCAGUUGUGGAGCUCCAAGGACUACAUGAAGCGCAUGCAUCGAGAGAGACCAUGGAUACCUGGUGGAUUGGAGGCAUUGGCUACUCGAGAUGAACAUGGAGGGUUCACAGGCAACAAGGAACGACUUCGGGAAUCACAGAUGUAUUCCCCAAUGUUUGGAGAGGCUGUGGUGAAUGCUUUACUGCAAGGUUGA